CCGCCGCCUCCUCCCCUCGCACCCCGCUGGAAGAUUUCCGCAGCGGCAAUGGCGGGGCGCGGCUGGCAGGGCACCGGGGGCUGCUGAAGGGCUGCUGCCUCCCUCAGCCGCCUCCGAGGGGUCCCCGCCCGCCGCGGGGAGAAAGUUUUUUCCCCUCGGCUCCUCCGCCAAGCCUCGGGCAGGGGGGAGCGGCGUGAAGCCGCCCGGGGUGCUUGGGCAUGCUGCUCCCCGCCGCCCUGCUGCGAGGCGGCGGGCAGCUGCGGGGCUCCCUGGGGAGAUGGCCGCCGGCGCCUUGCCUGAGAUGGCGGCGGCAGCAGCAGCCCCCCCGCAGCCCCUCAGCGCCGCUCCGGGGUGCCCAGGCGGGUGUGUGGACGCAGGCUGGGGGGCUGGGGGCUGAAAGGUCUGGGCAUGACAGCAAGCAUGUGUCGGUGCGAAGGGAGCAAAAGGAUGAGGCUCUGCUGUCGGCGGCUCGGAAAGUGAAAGAAGCUGGAAGAGACUUCACCUAUUUUAUUGUGGUGCUUGUUGGAAUUGGUGUUACAGGUGGCUUGUUCUAUGUGAUUUUUAAAGAGUUAUUCUCUUCUUCUAGUCCAAGUAAAAUCUAUGGAGAUGCCUUGGAGAAAUGCAGAUCUCACCCUGAGGUAAUUGGUGUUUUUGGUGAACCCAUUAAAGGUUAUGGGGAGGCAACGCGAAGAGGAAGACGACAGCUUGUCAGUCACGUUGAAUACAUAAAGGAUGGACUGAAACAUAUGCGUUUGAAGUUCUAUAUUGAGGGCUCUGAACCAGGAAAACAGGGAACAGUCCACGUGGAAGUCAAAGAGAAUCCUGAGGGAGGAAAACCUGAAGUCCGUUACAUAUUUGUGGAUGUUGACGCCUAUCCUAGAAGAACCAUUAUCAUUGAAGAUAACAGAUAGCCAACAAUCAAAGUUGCUGCUUCAUCUUACUCACUGUUGAAUGAUAUUGGUGUAAGCAGUCUACACAGGAAUUGUUUGGUGUUCUUGAUCGAAUCUUGCAGAUCUGGAGUUAAAUAUAAGAAGUAACCUCUCAGGGCCUCCAUUAAAGUCUCUCAUAACAACAGAUCCAGAAUUUGAGGUGAAGCCAAUGAAAAAUAGUAGAGCUGUCACUUAUGGCAAGUAUUUUUGACAUAGGAAAAUAAUGGCUCAUAUUAAACUGUUUAAUGCUGGAUAAUUCUCCUUAACACCUAAAAUCUGAGUCUUUCAAGGUUUCAGGUUUAGGUGGGGAGUUUUCUUGUCUUCCUUUGCUUGGAUUUCCCACUAGCACUGCAAUAAAGAAAGUGGUAUUUGAAAUACAGACAAAUACUGUUUUCAUUCUGGAUGCGUUUGUAGAUGAUUUAUGUUAGUGUAUAAAGGAGAUGUAGCCCAAAUGCAUCUAAGAAUAUGAAUUGUGGAGACCCACACCCAUGACAGAUGACUAAACAUAAAGGCUCCAAUAUUGGUAUCUUUUAAAUAAAUUAUCAACACCUUUA